AGCAGAUCGUCGGCGGGAUGACGACCUGAUACUUGUUUGGCUCGGAAUUGGCUUGCAUCAUCCCCACCACUACACUGCCAAACAUUAAUCUGCGCGGCGAUUCAUGGGUCCGGAUGUGGCCAGCAGUCAGCAAGUGCGGCCAGUUGAAUCGGAUCCUUCAACGGAUACACAUCGCACCAAAGGCUCCAAGUUUCUUCCAAGAAACCGUUGAUCGUACACUUGACUCCUUAGAAGACAGCAGUAUGGGCAAAGGAAAGGGUGGCGGUUCUGGUGGUGGUGGUGGUGGUCAGGGCGGUAAAAAAGGCCCUGCAGGUGGCGGUGCCGCCAAAGGUGGAAAUGACACUAAAGGUGGUGCUGGCGGUGGCAAAGCGGCCGGAGACAAGGGAGGAAAGAAGGGUGGUAAAAAGUGAUGGAUCGUUCGACCCGUUCCUCGGACAGCCGAUCACCCCGGCGUACUUCCGGAAGCGAUAGCGGCAGCGGAUUUGGCCAGCGAAAGGGAACCCCCCCCAAACACCGUGAUUUGGACUGUGACGAUUUUGAGCGUUUAUUGAUGUAUUUAUUUGGUGGGCUUUCCACCGAACAAACCAAAAAGGGCAACCAGGCAAAAUGUUUUCCAAGCAAUAGCAAACAACCAAACCAAUCCGCUGCUGUAGUAUUUUCCAUCUCUUUCGCCAUUCAACCACACACACAGUCAUCGUUCAUGCAAGACACACAACCCGAUCUAUCUCUAUCUUUAAGAUUGUUUUAAUAUAUUUUUCCUUAAACUUUCAACGGAAAUAAAAGAAGCAAUUUAAAUGA